AAAAGAAGUUAGACUUGAUAUAGCGAUUUUGUUAAAGUGAUCAGCCGGGGAGUUUGAAACCCUCCGUAAUCAGCUGACUAUGUCCGGCGACAAUAAGAACCAAAAUGAGGUGGAGGUUAUGGAGUACACAACUGUUAAGGCUAGCUAUGAGUCACUAAACAAGCGGUACAGACGCAAUCACCGAGACAUGGAGAAAGGUAUAGCUGCUUUAAAUAAGUCACUUGACGAGUUGGAAAAUGCAACAGAUAUCACAAAAGCUACAGCAGCACUUAGCAGAGUUCUAGAAACCGUUUGUGGCGUGAAACGCAAAGCUGAAUUUGUAUGUAUUGAAGAAAGGAAGCUGUUGAAAUCAUGUAAACGCAGAAUAGGACACCUUAGUCAGCUGUGUUUGCUUGAUAGUGGGAUGUUUACCCGGGCCUCAGAUGAGCUACAUUUCAACGCUAGUAGUAAUCAAAAGUCUGAAGAAUCAAUUUCUAAAGUUAAUAGUAAUGAAUCAGACACUACACUUAAACGCCGUUCUACUUAUUCUGUUGAUGAACGCGCACUUUGUCUAGCAAGAUUCCAAAGACACUUGACAGAUUAUCUUUUUACAAGUGGUCAACCUUUAUCGGCUUUGAAAUUCGCUCAGGAGAAAGCCGAACUGGGUGAUCUAUGUAUGAUGGAAGUUUUUGAUGAAGCUGUGUCUAUUGAGAAGGCACUUUUAGAAGGAGAUACAGGUCCAGCAUUCUCUUGGUUGCAAGAAGCUAACUUCAAGUUGAAGAAAAACGAUUCGUAUUAUGAAUUUGAUCUUCGUCUAUUCGAGUUCUAUCUACUUGUCAAGCAAGGGAAACGAAUUGAAGCCAUCCAGCAUGCCAGAAAAUACAUGAAUUCAGUGAAACAAGCUGAUGAUUAUCGUGCCACAAAACUUGGUCAGGCGAUGAUUUUAUUGGCAAUGCGUACACCUGAAGAACUUCAGAAUAAGGCAGAUCAGAAUAAGCUAACUGAGGAGUGGAUAGUUAAACGGACUCAUGAAGUACUUAUGGAAUUUUACGCUUACAAUAUUAACACCCCGUUUCAACUGGCUGUUAAUGCUGGAAUUACAGCAAUUAAAACUCAUUACUGUUAUAACCCAAAUACUCAACAUCGAGACUGUGCUGUUUGUCAUCCAUUAAUCAACAUGUUGGCAGUGAAUUUACCAUUUGCUCGUCAUGAUCAUUCUAUAUUAACGUGUUACAAGACUGGUCUUCCUAUGAAUGAUGAAAAUCCCCCAAUGUCAUUACCAAAUGGUUAUGUUUACAGCCAAAAGGUAUGUCAAACUUGUUUUAAAUAAGUUUCACUAAUUUGGUACUUCAGAAAGGUUUUCAGUACAUUUAUACUUGAAUAUAUGGUAUAGUUGACUUUUAGCUCUUUACAUCCGAAGGGUAAACUGAAAUGAGAAACUAUUUUUUUAAAACUGUAACUAGUGUUUAUAUGGACUAAUUUCUCAGUAGAAAUGUGGAUAUAUAAAUGAAGAAUAUCUUUUAAAAUAAAUUCUCACUAGGUUCUGAUUCAUGAAUAGCCAAAUAUAAACCACUCUUUAGGAUACUGCGUAUUAAUUUAGGAUUAUUAACGUGGUAUUGAUCUCAAUAUGUUUGGUUUUCAAUUGUAUCUUCACUAAUCAUUAUAAUAUGGGAAACACAGGGUAUGAGAAAUACUAAUGUAAUUAAAAGACGGGUAAAAUUUUUUAUCUGAUAAUUACUUUGAAGUGAAUAAGGAAUAAUUAAAUUAAGCGAGUACUGAUGUUUCUUGUGUUUACGAAAUUGGUAAAAAUAAUACCAGGAUGUUAGUCAAAUCACAUAAAAAAAUUUUAUGGUAGCAGCUUUAAGUCAAAUAAGUUAUAGGAUUGAUCGACUUAACUGCACAUUAUUUUAUUAUUAUGGAUUGAAAACUUAUUUAUUAUAGCUACGUGUUGAUUCCACUGGCUGAAGAAUGAUGAUAAUCAUAAAGUAUAUAUUCUGUCGACCUAACGCUUUGGCUAAUAAAAGAAACUGGAAAAACACAGCACUCUUAUCUGCUCUUAGUUCAUAUGUUUCGGACGAUUGGCGGAACACUUUAGGGAGCAGUUCAGUUGGCCUUCAGCUACUCUACAUCUACCCAUCAUUCUCAGACAGCCUGAAUGGAAUAUUGAAGGUAUCGCUGAGUUAACACGUCCAGAUGGAACAAUAACAUGUCCUCGUUCAGGGAAAACAUUUGAAGCCUCAGAAGUCCAGAGAGUCUACAUAGUCUGAUUGCUUGACAGUUUUUCCGAUAUGCAUCCACCAUUACAUCGUUACCUUUUUGUUCUUCAUUCAUAAUUUUCAUUUCUCGCCAUCAGAAUAUCCUGUGGAUGAUCUUAUCUUUCAUCUUUUCGGUUGGUAAUUGUACAAAGUUCUUCCAUGUACAUCGUCAAUAUUUACGACCGACAAAUUGAUUACUAUGAGUUGUAUACAUUAUAUUAACCUCAUUGAUAUGUAUUGUAAUUGCAUACAACUUCAUACCAAAAAAAUUAAAUAAAGACUGCCACUUCCUGAUUUUCGAACAAAACUUAACAGUAAACAGUCUACUGGGAAAUUACGUCGAACAAGAUAAGGUAUCACAGUAACUAAUCGCAACUACGUUUUUAAAACUAAAAUCAUGUUAAGAUGGUCUUAUAACAUACUGAUGAUUAAGGCGAAUGAACUGCUAAUUUUUUAGUGGCACAAAUGCCCUAAUCUUAUAUGGCUAGAUUUCAGAGAACAGGAUCAUUGACCAACUGACGGAGUAAAUACGAGAUUAAAAUUAUUUUCAUAUAGAAUAUAUUUAACCCAAAAUAGUGAUCUCAUCUAUAAAAUCGUUACCGUACGCUAUCCAAGUCUAAGAGCAAUAAGCUCUUUCGCUUAACAAUAGGUGACAAAUGAAGGGGAAAUCAAUCUCAACCGAACAACGAUGAAAAAUAAAGUUCUAAUGUUCGUUAUUACGACUGUCUGCAUAUGCUUAAAUGCAAGGCAAAGGGAGGGAUAAAUUAUGAAUUGAAAGACUAUCACUCUUCUUACACACAAUUUAUUUGAACACAUAAAUACUGGUACAAUGAGGAACCAGACACAUAUGCGCCACACAAGUCGCACUUGAUUUGUAUGAGGGCUGUGAUACUACCCGGGUGUCCAAACGGAAGCAAGCUGUUUUCUUAGGGGGCCACACUCGGAGCCUUUAACCUGGAGGUCCAGUUUAUUGGAUCAACGUAAGGAGAUGCAGU